AUGGAAAUACAUCGUCUGGCAGCCAUUCUAAAUUUGAAUUUGUUCCGCAGAACCAAGGAAAGCAGAAUUGUCGGCGGACAUUCCAUACCUAAAGACACUGCGAUUGCUGCUGAACUAUCUGUAAUAAUGAGUGAUGAAAACCACUUCAAAGAACCUGCUAAGGUAGUUAACGCUUCGAACAGAAAA